CCAAAAGGCCGUGAAUUAGUGUAGUAGUAGUAAGGGAAAAAAGAGCGCCAGUCCGCCCCGUCGGGUCUGCCUGCGUGUGAGUAGAUAUGAAUGUUGAAUGAAAGAAUAUAGGAAGCAGGGAUCCGAACGGACUGCAUGGCUUGUUAGUGAAGCAGACGGGAGCGCUAGUGUGUGUUGGCUUACCUCUCACUGUUUUUUUUUCUCUCAUUCGAAUUACCCUGUUCCCGAGUGCGAUGCAUGCUUGCUCAUCUUUGCUCGUGCUCUGGGUACCUCCAUGUCCAAGGCCAGGCCAGGCCAGGCAGCCAGCCAGCCAGCCAGCGAGGCCGCCCAUAUUUCCAAACGACUCGAUAGCUCCUUCACUCAUGUUGCGGAGAAACCCGAGUCAUGUUUGACAAGUGUCGUUCGCUCGUAUCCUUUUUUUUUCUUUCGAGCUCGUUCUGCCGCGGUUCACCCAGUCAAGUCGGUCCCGAGACUACCGACAGGCUGAGGCAGAGGGUAGACAGGCAUCAUGCUGGGCUUGAGGCGGCUCGAAACGAACGAGUAGCGCGGAACGGUUUCGACCAUGUGCCGAAGCCCCGGAUGACUUAGCACUGGCAGUGUCGCUGGUCCCGCGACGUUUGUGUCAUUUGCAUGCCUGCAUGCUUCGCUUUGUAAUGCUCCGUUGCAAUGAGUGAUAUAUUGGGGAUCGAAUUGAGAAGAAAAAACAAGAACAAGAAGUGAAGAAACGAAAUACAAAAGAGAUCAGCACUGCUGACGUCUUCCAAACGCGAGCGAGCGCCCGUUUUCCUGCCAUUACCACUAAACAAGCCCGCGCCAGAUACACGAGUCAAAAGGGUCGAGAAUUGUGGGAAAGCAAGAGUCGUUGUUUGAUGAUAACGGACACACAAUAUACAAGCUGUUAUCAACUGAAAACAUCGACUAGGAUUUCUUGUUCACAAAACCCACUUUCGUACAUGUUUCCUCACCUGGAUCCAUUUAUUUGUUCAUCUUUUUUUCUCUUUCUGUCUCUGUAGGGUUGUCCCGUCUCGUAGGUCUAGAUGCCCUUUCUUUUCUAUUU